UAUUUUGUUAUCAGGUAUGUUAUGGUUUAAUUACCUGUUGAAAUGUCGGACGUCCGGUCGUUAUCUGGGACAAACACUGCGCAUAUCAACCUUAUGGAAUAUGUACGAAGUGAACCAAUAACAGACGUAAGAUUUGACGGCGCCGCUUGAGAAAAAAAUACUUUGGAUCCACGAUUCAUACCAUACUCAAACAUGGACGACGAUUUGUCCAGUGUGAUAGAGCAUGCGUUACAAUACGCUUCUCCACUUCCGGUUUUGGAAGUAACAUCAACUGACAAUCCCAGUACAGCAAUCCAGCAGGAUAAUUCAGAUACAGCGAAUAUAUUGCAACUAAAUAACGACAUUACAAAGAAUAAUGGGACAGAUAAUGUAGAUGCGAGUUCAGAAAAUAGUGCAACCUGUGAUACCUUGCUUUACGGACACCGUGUAACCAUAGAUACUACCGGUAAUGACGGUUCUAAUGGGGGAAUUCUCAAUCUUUUACCCGUUACUUUAGAAAGACAGCACGACAGAAAUGAAAUCGACAAUUCUGUUAACGUUGGUCAGUUGAACAUAGACUUAUAUGCAACACAACACGAACCUGUUCAGAAUGUCACUGUUUCAAUUAAUUCCCGUCCGGUGCCGGAACAUACCGUUUCCAGCUCAUUUAGCCCCAGCAGCUGCAGCCUGCAAGUUGAAAGUCCAAGCAAUGUGAUACCAAAAGUAAAAAAGACGCGCAAGAGAGUAAAGAACCCAGACCCGCCCCCGGAGCCGAUACUUCCGCCAUGCAGUAUCUGUGAUGAAAAAUCUUCCGGAUAUCAUUACGGAGCGAAUACAUGCGAAGCUUGCAAGGGUUUCUUCAGAAGAACGCUAAAGAAAAAGGAAGUUGGUUACAAGUGCAAAUGUAAACCGGACAUGAGAGAGGAAUGGGAGCGAGGCCCGAUUAAAAAUGGCUGCGCGUCAUGCAGAUAUAAAAGAUGCCUCAAAGUAGGAAUGUCAAAGGAAGCUAUCAAAAUAGGUAGAUACACAUUAAAACAUAAGACCAAAAACAUCAACCAGGUGAAAAAUGUAGAAUCCAUCGACAGUCUAAUCGAUGUAGCCAUGGCCAGCAUUUAUGAAAGUAAUCCGUCAUCUGCUUCCGGUUUAGAGCUUGGAAUAAGCUGGCCUGAAGAUAUCACAAGUCCACUGGCAGCUGUAGAAUCUGAAAUUUCCUCUAGUUGUCGGUCAGAUUACGACAAUCCGUCUCCACCGGCGAAAAAAGCGAAACCAGAUCCAGUUUCGAGCCUGACCAGUCAAAACAGCAUAGUUUCCUUGAAGGAAAUCGAUUCAAUUGUGAGAACCUUGACGGAAUCACAGAGUAGUGCGGACUUUGAUGAUUUUGGUCACAUCCCCACGGAAGUCAUUAAACAAAAGCAAACUGAGUAUCUGGAAAAGUACAAUAUGAAAAAAGAACUUUUCGGUGACAUGGGACUGUCCAAAGCCGAAUUUGACGAGUUUUACAGUAUAACGGGCAUUGAUUUGGAUGGCAGAAUUGAACACGUGCAACGUGCAUUCACAUUUUUCGAGCAAAAGAUCUCAGUUAUUGUUAGUUUUGCCAAGUCUAUACCAGGAUUUAAGUCGUUAAAAAUGAAUGAUCAGGCUAAUUUAAUAAAAGCUUCCCGGAUUGAAAACACAUUAUUCGGUGGAUAUAGGGGCAUUCUCAGGAAUUUUGAUAUGGAGAGGCGGGUAUUGACUACCCCCUGGGGCAAGGAAAUACACAUGGACGAGCUGGCACGGAUUGUACCCAUACACUUUGUUUUGACGAAGUUUAAAUACAGCCAGUCAGUUCGAGACCUGGAUUUAACAGUUCAAGAAGAAAGUGUCGUUAGGGCGAUAGUGACAACAUUUUCAGAUCGAUGUUCACUUGAAGAACCUCAAAAAGUGGAACGGAUUCAAGAGAAACUGGUCGCGUGUUUACAACAUCUACUCAGCAUCCGGCCAGGAGGGCCUGGUUCCCGGCUUUACAGAAUAUUCAACCUUUUGACUAAUUUCCGUGACUUUUCUGAAAACGAGAAUGAAUUCACCAGAAAAAUGCUUAAAGAUUGGCCAAUGUUGUCAACAAAUAAAUACGAGUUACUAAAGGAAUUUAUCGCAUAAAAAGUUUGGUAAAAGUACGUUACUUCCUGGGGACUAGAGAGUGUUUAGAAGCACACCUUCACAUACAUUCCAGUUUUGGAAGUUAAGAAAAAUGUUUUUAUUUGUUAGUAUUUGUAAAUAUAUCUUAAAAUCAAGCUGAGAGGAUAUAACGGGAGUGCUACAAGUGCUUAUUAUAGAUCCAGGACUGAUUACUACAAACAGGAAGUGACUUACUCAGUGUUAUAUAUGACGUAGCCCAAAAUGUAGUUCCGUGCUGUUGAUGAAAUCUGGUAUUACUAGUAUGAGUCAUAUGAGGUUGUGGCAGUUAUUUCGUCUUAGUCUUAUUGCUUAUUGUAGGCUAUUCAGAAAAGAUCUAGACCAUUUUCUUUGUGAAUUUCCAGGUUUUAGUUUUGUUCAUUGAAAAAAUUAUUUUUCUUAUAUGUAACAUGACAUGCAUUUUUUUU